UCCUGAGGCUCGCGGGCAGGAGAGCGCGUCCGCGUCAGGUUUGACUACACUGGUACACCGACAGUCAGUGAUCAUGUCUGUCCCGUGUAUGUGCUCUCACAAUUUCAUCCCUUGAGACUCGUCUUCACACUAAAGGAGAACUUUUACAUCGUCGGAUAUUUGCUGAUAAUGAGGAAGUAAAAACUCUCCGAGCUUCAAGACCAAAGACUGUUUAACCUGAUCUACGUGCCUGACCAUCGUCUUCAUCACCGACCGUGUCUGUGUCCACCCUACGACAAAGACUUUCCACCCACUGUACUUGUUUGCGUUGUCAAAUGCCCAAAAACAGCAAGGCCGUCAAGAGAGAGCUUGACGACGAUGUCAAAGAGUCUGUCAAAGACCUUCUGUCCAACGAAGACGCCAGCGACGAUCCCUUCAAGAAGAGCUCGUUGAUUGUCAACAACCAUGACGUUGAAGGCGAUGUGGAGGGGGGAGGCUCUGACAGUGAGGAGGAGGAGCGCCCUGCCUGGAACAGCAAGCUGCAGUACAUCCUGGCCCAGGUGGGCUUCUCUGUAGGCCUUGGCAACGUCUGGAGGUUCCCCUACCUGUGCCAGAAGAAUGGAGGAGGAGCUUAUCUGGUGCCCUAUGUAAUACUGCUGAUUUUGAUUGGCAUUCCACUGUUCUUCCUGGAGCUGGCUGUUGGACAGCGCAUCCGCAGGGGCAGCAUCGGAGUGUGGAACUAUAUUAGCCCCCGGCUGGGAGGCAUCGGCUUUGCCAGCUGUUUGGUUUGUUUCUUCGUGGCGCUGUACUACAACGUCAUCAUCAGCUGGAGUCUUUUCUACUUCUCCCAGUCCUUCCAGCAGCCACUGCCAUGGAACGAGUGUCCAGUGGUCAACACCACCAUCGAUCCGGAGUGCGAGAAAAGCUCGGCCACCACCUACUACUGGUACCGCCAGGCGCUGGACAUCACAGACACUGUAUCAGAAAGUGGAGGACUCAACUGGAAGAUGACCCUGUGUCUGCUGGUUGCCUGGGCUGUGGUGUGUCUUGCUAUGAUCAAAGGGAUCCAGUCUUCUGGGAAAGUGAUGUACUUCAGCUCACUCUUCCCCUACGUGGUGCUGAUCUGCUUCCUGGUUCAGGCACUACUGCUCGAAGGUUCUGUGGAUGGGAUUCGACACAUGUUCACACCCAAGUUGGAGAUGAUGCUGGAGGUGAAGGUGUGGCGGGAGGCGGCCACACAGGUCUUCUUCGCUCUGGGUCUGGGAUUCGGAGGCGUCAUCGCCUUCUCCAGCUACAACAAGCGUGACAACAACUGCCACUUUGACGCCGUGCUGGUGGCCUUCAUCAACUUCUUUACCUCAGUGCUGGCAACGCUGGUGGUCUUCGCCGUGCUGGGCUUCAAAGCCAACGUGAUGAUCAAGAAAUGCGUGGAAAGCAACAUAGAAAUAAUGAGGACCAUGGAGCCAAGCCUAGUGCCCACUCUCAACCUGACUCAGGCCAGCAAUGAGACCUACCAGCAGAUGUUCAGCGAGCUCCAGCGACUGACGGAGAACAACAUCAGCAGACUGGGGUUGCAGAACUGCGACAUAGAGGCUGAGUUCAAUAAGUCGGUCCAGGGCACCGGUCUGGCCUUCAUUGCCUUCACUGAGGCCAUGACCCAUUUCCCUGCACCCCCUUUCUGGUCCAUCAUGUUCUUCUUCAUGCUCAUAAACCUGGGACUGGGCAGCAUGUUCGGAACCAUCGAGGGGAUUCUCACCCCUCUGAUCGACAACUUCAAAGUCCGGAAGGAGUUUCUCACAUUGGGCUGCUGUGUGCUGGCCUUUGUCAUCGGCCUCAUGUUCGUCCAGCGGUCAGGCAACUACUUUGUCGCCAUGUUUGAUGACUACUCCGCGACUCUGCCGCUGCUCAUUGUGGUCAUUCUGGAGAACAUCGCGAUUGCCUGGGUCUACGGCAUCGACAAGUUCUUCGAGGACUUGCGGGACAUGCUGGGGUUCACCCCGUACCGCUUCUACUACUACAUGUGGAAGUUUGUGACACCAGUCCUGCUCCUGCUGCUUCUGGGCUCCAGCUUCGUUCAGCUGGUCAUGCAGCCGCUCCAAUACAACUCCUGGGACCAGAACAAGGCCAAGGAGGAGAUGAAGUCCUACCCAGCGUGGGCUAUAGUGAUCUGCAUCUCUCUGGUGGUUCUGGCCAUCCUGCCUGUGCCCACAAUCCUGUGCCUGCGCUACUUCAAGGUCAUCACCGGCAAGAGCAACAGCCACUCGGCCGUCUCCUACUCCAAAGCCCGCAUGAUCAAAGACGUGGGCGUCCCUGGCGAGGAGGACGAUGACGCCAGCCUCAUCAAAGGCAAGAUGCCCAGCGAGGCGCCGUCACCCAUGCCCGGCAUCUAUCGCAAGCAAAGCGGCCACGCCUCUGGGCCUGACGGAGACGCCCCCAACGGCUGCUAUGGGAUCGGCUACCUGAUGGCCGACUCCCCCGACAUGCCCGAGUCAGACUUAUAGUUUGACCGCUCCGCCUCCCGUGUCGCUGUGCGUUUAUGAAAUGUGUAUCUGACCUUUUCUCUGUAGACGUCGUAGCUGCUUCGUCUCUGAACCUUUUAAACUCUGUCUUCUUCCCUGGAGGCUGGAGACACUCUUGUCACGACCCCAAACUGCUGCUCAAGUCACGUUUGAAGACCAUUUUAAAUUAAAAUCUUUUGAAACCAUGGCGCCCUUGUUCAAAACAAGAGUGCCCGAAUCACUUAUAUAUGUUUAUGGAAUACAUCACGUUGUAUAUUUAAGGUAUUCUGUAAAUAUAGUAUAAAUACUAUAAAUAUAUUUAUCUUGGUUUUUGAAACAUGUUUUUAAGGUUCAGGCAUCAUUCAGACCCUUCCCUCUUUUCUUCUUUUUUUAAACUAACGUCUGUGUAAAUAUUGUCCAUGAAAUGGCUUCAAUUGCAAAUUGUCUUUUUUUCCCCCCUUCAAAACAAAUAAACACUGGUCCAAAUUAAAA